AUGGGCUCACUUGGACCCCAGCACGUUGACUUUGAAGUGCCGACGAUCGACCUCAGCGCAUACUUGCAAGACCCCAAUACACCUGAAGCGGACGCUGUGGUCGAGCAGAUCCGUAACGCUUGUGCCACGAGUGGCUUCUUCCAGCUCACGGGACAUGGCAUUCCCAAGGCGCUGCAACAGCAAGCAUUCGCCGCCUCCAGGAGCCUAUUCAACCUCUCGGACGAAGAGAAGCUCAAACUCUGCAGCAAGCCCGGCCGCGGGUACGAGGUCAUGGGCAAACAGUUCCUGGAGCCUGGCAAACAGCCAGACUUGAAGGAGGGCUACUUCAUCGGCCGCGAGAUCAGCAACGCCACUCCACCAUUCCGGCCGUUUCAGGAACCAAACGUCUGGCCCAGUCCUGACCUCAUUCCGGAGUCGCAGUUCAAAAUCCCUCUUCUGGAGUACUACCGGUCCGUGUCCGAUCUUUCGUUCGUCAUCAUGAAGAUCCUGGCGUCGGGCCUGAGACACUCGAACCUGGACACGAGCGUCUUCACCGAGUUCUGCCACGAACCCAUCUCGUCGGUCCGGUUGCUCCACUACCCUCCUCACCCGGACACCCAGGACGACUCACUGGUGGGCACCGGUGCGCACACGGACUUUGGGGCCAUCACGCUGCUCCUCCAGGACGGCAACUCCGGCCUGCAGGUGCUGAACCAGGACACGAACGAGUGGCUGGACGUCGAGCCGCGCGAGGACGCGUACGUCGUCAACAUAGGGGACAUGCUGGACGUGUGGACGAGCGGGGCGUACAAGAGCACCGUGCAUCGCGUCAUCAACACCUCCGGCGGCGAGAGGUAUUCUAUCCCGUUCUUCCUCGACGGCAACGCAGACUGCGUCAUCAAGCCUCUCGGUGGUGACUCUAUGGGAACCGGUGCCGGUGCGGGGAAUGUGAAGAAGCCCUUCACGGUCGAGGAGCAUAUGUUGUCGCGAUACGCCGCCAGUUACAAAUGA